ACACCGGGGUGUGGCGUAUACUAUAGCCUACAAUAAAAAUCUGUCCAGUUCCUGGAUGAAUUAGUGUGAGAUUGCACAGUUUCUGCCCGCACCAUGUCUGCCGCUGAGUGGAAGAAGAGAUGUGAGGCUGAGUGGAGCCUGCACGGCGCACCGAUGCCCGACAGUCUGGACUGGAAGUCCAUCUAUGACGCAAAGCCGCUCGGGAGAAAUUUACUGAGGAACCCUUCACCUCACGGAUUGAGUAAGGACACCCCCCCACCUGAAGCUGAUCUGCCUGAAGUGCCUUCACGUGGACCUCCACGUUUUCAGCCUGAUGGUGACUUCACUGGUUGGACCACGAGCACUGAAGUCCUCCCCUAUGAUACAAGUGGCAUCCCAGAGGGUGUUGUGAUCUGUGCAUUGCCUCAGUACAGCUGGUUCUCCAUGGAGCAGGUUGUGGACCUGAAGGCAGAGGGACUGUGGGAAGAGCUGCUGGAUGAAUUUCAGCCUGAAAUAGUCAUCCAAGACUGGUACGAGGAGAGUCAGGUGCACGAGUCCAUCUACGAGCUGCAUGUAAAGUUACUGGGUGCGGACAAAACCACGGUGAUCUCCGAGCACACCGUCAAGCCCACUGAAGACCUCAGCGUUUACUCACACACUUGGAAAGAGGUGUCGCAUGUGUUCUCUAAUUAUGGAGCUGGAGUGAGAUACGUCCACUUCCUGCACCGACUGAAGAAUAAUUUCCUGAAUGCGUUUUUCCCCACUCUGUUCGCCUGCAGCUCAGUGAUUGUCAAACCAAUCAAAACCAGCUCCUAGGCUGAACCCUACUGAAAACCUGCAAUGCAGGCACAGUUGCUAGCACACUCAGUCUAAUCAAUCUAAUGAACACUUACUUUCUAGUUAUUAUAGCUUUGAUUGGAAUGCACUAGGGACAUUAGUCUUUUUCUUUCAUUUUUAUGCUGAUUGUUAAAAGUGAUUUAAUUUUUUUUUUUUUUCAUUUGCUUUGAGUCUUUGUUUUUAAUAAAGGGAGGAGGGAGGAAUCUA